UUUGUUGUUACGCGUAAGAUUAUUAUUACUGAUCCCCUAAUAUCGUUCUAAAUAAAAUCAAGUUUGUGAUCAUUAAACGUGAUAUUUUAAUUGAACUAUCAAAAUGCCAGGAACACCGAUGAAAGAAGAAAAUGACACUCUGGAGAAACUGCAAUCAACGGAACGCCCUCCGAUUGAAAAUUGUGAACCCGUUGUGCGGGAAAUAACGCAAACUGAUAGAUUAAAUAAAAAGUUACUGGUAUCGCUUUUGGAAAGAAUGAAUAAAUCGAGUGGUGAAUUUGAUAAGUUUAUGGAAAAGGGUAACACCAGUUGCGAUUCUCAAGAUGAUACUGAAUUUUAAAUGAAACGUAAAUGCGUCCUGUUACAAAACAUAACCUACAUACCACUGACCGGCAAGAUUACUGUUACAAUUGUACAAUUACCAAGGAACGAAUAUUGCUCGAGUAAGAAGAAGAAGGUUCGAUAGUUUCUUGUCCU